AUGAUAUAUUUUAGUGUCGUAGAAGAAAAAAAUAUUGAAGAAAAUGAAAAAUAUUUUGCUGGAGAUUUCAGUUCGGUACACGAUGGCGUCGAAAUAAUGACUGGAUAUAAUUCAGAUGAAGGUCUUAUUGCUCUAGGACUGGGCGGUUCUAUCACAAAUUAUUUGGAAAUGACAAGAAUUUAUGCGGAACUCUUUUCGCCACAGCUUUUAUCAUUUCAUCUAACUCCAAAUCAGAAACUGGAAUUCGGAAAAAGAUUCAGGAAAUAUUAUUUUAAUGACGAAUUCGAUAUUUCUGAUGGUUGGGAAAUAUUAAAUAAAUUCUCUUCAAUGGACAUUUUUGUGUACGGUAUAGUUAGCUUUGCUAGAGUUUGUGCAAAGAAGGAGAAAGUGUAUUUAUACAAAUUCAGUUGUAAGUCUGAGAGAAAUAAUUUCGCUCACCUACUAGGCCUUACAGAUGUCAUUAAAAAUAAACCGGUGACAUGUCAUGGGGACGAUCUUUCAUACUUGUUUAAUAGCAAGCUAGGAAAUAAGGUCAAUAGCAAAUCUGACACGUUCCAGCUUAUGGAGAAAGUGAUUAAACUUUGGACUAAUUUUGCAAAAUAUGGGUAA